CUUCAACACCCCACCACCGCCCCACCCCACCCCUUCUUCUUCUUCUUUUCUUUUUGCAAUCUCUUUUUGACUCCCAAAAAUCUUACAAAAACAACACCUCAAACAAUACUAAUCAUAUCUUUUUCACCUUUUUUUAGCCAUCUUUUUUUUUUUGCUUAUAAAUUAAACAUCUCCCUCUUUCUACAACUCUUGACAUCAACACAAGAAACCAAAAAAAAAAUAAAAAAUCAAGAAUCAUUUAAAAACUAGCCACUCAAUGGCAGUUGAUGUGUGUUGUGAGAUUGCAAGUUUAGUAGUUAGUCCAAGAAUCUCAUUCUCUCAUGAUGAUGGUAUCCCAAUUGAAUGUUGCCUUCUUGAAUCAUCAUCCACCAUUGAUUUUGACUUUGAUUUCUGUGUCAAUGAUAAUCAACCAUUGAUUUCCUCAGCUGAUGAACUUUUCUCAAAUGGCAAAAUCCUACCUGUUGAAGUCAAGAAAAUUGCAGAAACUAACCACUCUUUGCAAAAACAGCCAAAUCCUUUGCGAAAAGAGCCAUUCCUUGAAAAUGAUAUCAACAAGAAGAAGAGUUUAAAAGAGUUCUUGUCCACUGAUCUUGAUGAAGAUGAUUCUGAAGAUGAAGAUCAUGCAAGAGAGAAAUCACGUCAAGUUAAACCAUUCUGGCAAUUCAGAAGAAGUAGCAGUUUAAACAAUCAUUACCAAAAUAGCCAAAACAAUGGUUCUUUUUUACAUUUUCUAACCAGAAGUAACUCAACUGGUUCAACUCCAAUAACCAAAAAUCCAAAAAUAUAUCACAAGCAAAGUUCACAAAGAGAAAAAAUUAAAGUUCUUAGAAAAAGUUCAUCAUUAUCAUCAUCAUCUACAUCUUCUUCCUCAUCAUCUUCAUCUUUUUCGACCUUUAAUCACAGCCAUUCAUUACAUUCUUCAUCAAAGAAGAGUCAAUCACAGCCAUUGAAAAAGAGUUAUAGUAGAUCUUAUGGCAACGGAGUUCAUGUUAGUCCUGUUUUGAACAUUCCACAUGGUUAUAUUUCUAAAGAGUCAAACCCUCGACAUCUGAUUAAGGAUGGAGCAGUCCCAUCCAGUGCACCAGAACGCAUGUUGGUUACUCGUAAUUAUCCAUUGAGUUGAAGUAGAGGGAGUCAUUCUUUGUCAAAAAAAUUACAUUAUGUAAAUAAGUCAAAAUUUUGUACGUAUAGGAGUAUAUAUAUAUUAUAUGUCUAAUUCAGUCGUUA